AUGCCCCAUCAGGACAGCUUAGAUGCGGGUCCAUCUAUCAUCUUCAACAUGGGUAAAUUUACAGGCGGAGAAUGUUACAUCACCGAUCUCAAGCUCAAACUCAAAUACCAUCCUGGGGAUGUCAUAAUCUUCAUGGGUGGAGCCCUCUACCAUGGGAUAGGACCAUGGAAGCCACUCCCUGGUAUUACUGAAGACGGCAUUACACCAGGACAAGUAUCUAAUAUUUGGUUCUUCCCUCACUCCUCAUUCCAAGUCUUGGAAAACAAAGAGCCUGGUUGGGUGCUCAAGUUCGCCAGAGGUUUGAGAGGAACUGACACAGAGUCGGAUUCUAGUGACUGGGACUCAGACUCAGACUAG